AUGGACAUGACUCGACAGCAAGUCCUGUGUGUGAUUGUUCUUUCCCCCCAUCCAAAUCUACCAAAUGCCGUGGAGUAUUAUUCUGUUUGGGACGUUCAUGCUAAACACUUCACAAUCGUAGCAAAGAGCAUAUACGGUACGUGCGCCAUGGUCGAGCCAGCCACGGACCAGGAAAGUGGGUCAGGAACGACUCUCCGCGGCGUCAAGGCUGAUAUUGAGUUUUUGAGAAUGGCUGGCGAAUGGCUAGGUUUCAGAAGCUUGGGCGUGGCUUAUUGUGAUGGUUCAGCCGCUGCGCGAGGACCGUCUCGCACACCUUCCUCCUGCCAUGCUCCCCAGACAGCCACCGCCGUUGGACCAGAACGGAAAGAUGGUCGUGUCGCGCGCACGAGUCUGUGUGGGGUUGGUUCGCUGCUGAAAAUCGCUUGCCCAGAUAGGCCUGCUUCUGCACGACUCCAUAGGCCAAGGCCAGGAAUGGGCCUUCAACGCCAACGCAAUGCAAUGCAAUGCAACUCAAAAUGGCGAUAUUGGGAAAAAGUCGGGACGCAAGGGGCGGACAAUGCAGCACUAGCAGAGCUGGGAUUGCCCGAUUGGGAUCCGCCCCCUACAGAACACUCUCCACUCGCCCUCCAAAAGGUCGAGAAAAGAGGGAAGAAAGAAGAAUCGCGUCCCGAACGGUCGCACAGAAGACAUUGUACUGGGAUGGUGUACCUGCAGCAGGUUGUUGACUGCUCUGUUGACGUUCAGGAGGGCAUAAAGAUAAUAAAGGGAGGGAAUAUCCAGGAUCCGGCUGAUCGUGGUCUUGGCAGCAUCGUCAAUGCAGUGGGUUCGAAUCUCACCGCAGGAACCCUUUCGAAGAUCUCAACGCCCUUGAAUUGUCCGCUCGGGCCAGAACAGUCAAGGGAGGCCAUUAUUUUCGGAAGAUUGUCUGUCCGUUCCACUCUGCUCACUCCGGAUGCUGCGACGCACGGUCUUUUGGUAGUUGCCAAGAUCAGCGGUGCACAAUGCUUGGAUAACAGCAGUAGGGAGUGUGAGAGACCAAGAAUAGCGAUCCGGCCAGGUCAGCGAUUAUCCGCGAUGCUGCACAAAUCCCGAUAUGUCCCAAAAAGAUACCUAUUGCCUUUGGACGAAGCUCAUGAUACAAUAGGCAAACCCUGUAUAGCGGGUUACAUUGUCGACAAUAUCCGACCGCAAUUCCAGACCGAAGGUACUAUCAUACAUUUCAUGGGGUGUUCGAUUCAAUGCCACUUUGCUCGGAAAGUAUCCACGGCCAAUGGUCCCAGGACAGUACCUUAUCAGCCCAAAAGUACUAGGGGAGAGCAAACAACGUGUCCGACCGAUAGACUUGUCCAGCUGGUGGUUCUCUUUUUCUCGCAUGGAAGCAACGGGGUUCAUGCCCAGAGGAUCGAAGCAUUGGCUGACGCGUGA